CUGGACAGACUGCUGCCACGCCGGCUGGCUAGGUUGCUCUAAUCAGACAACACUAAUUAGGACCAUGAAGAUGGAAUAUAGGGAUAUUUCAUGUACUGUCAGAGUGAAUGAAGUCAACACACUCAAGGUCAUCAAGAGUACUUCCUCGCUGUCUACAGACAGCCCCUGAUCAAUCUGUUUUGAGAGUGAAACAACUGAUGGAAAAGUUAGAUGAUUACAAACAAAAUGUUGUUGGGGUUUAGUGUCUGGAAACAAUACAUACUGCAAACAGAACACUGAAACAACAUCAGUAAUAUAGAAAGUUUAGGUGCGCUUAUGAGGAAACCUAAGUGUUUUUUUCCAUGUAGGAAACAAGAAAGCAAUGCUUGCGACUGUAGUCUUGGUCAAACAUUUUGUGGAUGAAGAAAAUUUUGUGACUCAUUGUCCAAGAUCACCCUGCUGCAUCACAAAUAAAGUGGUAUCCAAUCCUACUCUACUUUUAUUGAAAGCUCAUGCAAAUAAUAUGCUUUAUUACAUUUUCCUGCUACAGUAGUCCAUAUUCUAGCUGCCUGAAAAAAUUCAUUGUUUUCAAAACUCACCCCACUUUCUGCAUCUAUGUUGGUGGAAUUGUAUAUACCCAUGAUAACCUACCUCAAUGUGGACAUUGCUGAGGAAAUAUUUUUCCUGAGUCAAAUGUGCAAUUGCUUCUGGUUCUUGAUCUUCAUACUUGAGCACUUUAUUCAUGCUGUAAAUCUAUAACAGAAUUUAAAUCUAGCACUUCUGUGUCAUGUAUACUCUUAUACAUCAAGACCUACAGCUUAUUUCUCAAAAAACUAAGCCAUUAAUAAUUAAUGGUUUACUGAUAACUAUCUCUACCAUACCUCACAUUUCUGAAAACUAUGUCUGUGCGGGGCUUUCUUUUGGGCCAUCAGCAAGCUCCCAAAUCAUGACCCAAACACUUAGUUAUGAAUGAUCUGCCUUAGCUUAGGCUGCUGUUUUUCUUCAUUUGCCUUUUGCCUUAAGACUUUUUACCUUUUUGUAUAUCUCACUUUUGCUGUUUCUUGUGUGGGCAGUGGCUUCCUGGCUUCUGGCCAUGGGAAUGCUCUUCUUUUUCUCCCUCAUUCUCCCUUAUUAUCCUUCCUUUGCCUGGAUUUCUCUUCUUAUUUAUUUUCUCUGCCUGCCAGACCUGUAUUUCCCUCCCCUGCCUAGCUAUUGGCCAUUAAUCUUUUAUUAGACCUAUCAGGUGUCUUAGGCCAGGGAGGAGAAACAAAUGCAAUACAUCUUUACAUCAUUAACAAAGGCAGCAGAAACAAAUGUAAUGUACCUUCACAUAGCUAAAGAAAUAUUCCAUAGCAUAAACAGUUAUAACUCAUCUUUUCCUAGUUAAAAUCAUAUUCCACAACAUAUGUCUGCUUUCCCUAAGUUAAUUUUCACAGUGUCUAUAAGUUUUGUGCUCCUUAAGUUCAUACCAUCAAUUUUGCUCAGUUAUGACGAAUGAUGAAUUCGUUUCCUCUUCAUAUUCUCUUCCAAGCAUUUAUACACAUCCCCUUCUCCCUUGUUUAUUGAUAGAGGCUGCAGAAAGUGUUUCUCCUCCCUGACCUCUCAGUUCCUCACCACAUCAUCCCUUGGAUAAAAGUUAGACUGAAGUCUAAGACUAAAAUACUAUUUAUAAUUUGCACCCCAAUGGUAACUCUUUCUCAAUUUCAUAGUUGUCCUUUUGUCUGAUGCACAUUCAUUGUGUGUGUGUGUGUGUGUGUGUGUGUGUGUGUGUGGGUGUGUGUGUGUGUGCGCGCGCGCGCGCGCGUGUGCGUGUGCUUUAUUAUACAGGAGGGUUCACUUGUGUAGGUGAUUUCACAUGCAUAAGGGGGCAUGUGUUUAAUACUUGAAAUCUUUCUCAGUGGUUCUUCACUUUCUAUUUUGAUGCCUAGUCUCUACACUGAAACCAGAGGUUGCCAAAAUGGCUGAUCUAUCUAAACUGCUUGUUUAAGUGAAUUAAUAAUAUCUUCACCUUCUAAGCAGAGGAAGACAUUCUAAACAAUGGAAUCAUAAGCAAGGUGCUACACCUAUCUGGCAUUUACAUGGGUUUGGGGACCUGAACUCUUCGAAAUCACAUUUGCUGCUUAUGCUGCAUGCAUUUUAAAUGCUGAUCCAUCUCCUCAGAUUCAAUGGGUAGCAUUUUAUCAGAAUGUGGCAGAGGAUUUCCUUCACAUAUUCAAGUUCUUACAUUCUUCCCCCAUGUCUGGCAGACAUUAUUGACAAAACAAGGAUCCAUUCUCUUCCUCACUGGUUCUACCUGUGGCUUUAUAGCUCUUCUCAAAAUGGCAUUCCAGGCAGCCACUAAAACUUGAGGAAAGUGACCUUCCAUCUUGGGUUCCUUGAUAUAAGUCUGAUAUGCCUUCAGUUAAGCAUUUUACAUAAGACAUGGGUGAUAUGAAUCAGUCCGAGUCCUCCAACUUCAUCCUGGUGAGCCUCUUCAGCAGAUCAGGUUCACAUGAACUCCUUCUCUCCCUGGUAGCUGCCAUGUUUAUCAUUGGCCUUCUGGGAAACACUAUUCUGCUCUUCUUGAUCCGGUUGGACUCCAGACUCCACACACCCAUGUACUACCUGCUGAGUCAGCUUUCGCUCUUAGAUGUUUGUUUCCCCCUGAUCACAAUACCCAAGAUGGUAUCAGAAUUCCCUAAGAAAGAGAGCUUGAUUUCCUUUGGAGGUUGUGCUGCACAAAUAUUUUUCCUGACUAUGAUGGGUGUGGCUGAAGGAGUCCUGCUGGCCCUCAUGUCUUAUGACCGCUUUGUGGCAGUGUGCCAUCCCCUACAGUACCCUGUACUCAUGAGACAUCAGGUGUGCAUAUUUAUGGUGGCAUUUUCCUGGCUAGUAGGUGUGCUCAAUGGCUCCAUCCAGACUUCCAUCACUCUGAACUUUUCCUACUGUGCCUCUCGAGUUGUAGACCACUUUUUCUGUGAGGUUCCAGCACUGCUGGAAAUCUCCUGUUCAGAUACCUCCAUGUAUGAGUUGGCACUAUCUGUCUCUGGGGUACUGAUCCUCAUGCUCCCCCUGUUGCUCAUCAUCACCUCAUAUGGCCUAGUUUUGAGGGCUGUUCUACAUAUGCAUUCACAGGAAGCUCGGAAUAAGGCCUUCACUACCUGCUCUUCCCACAUCACAGUAGUGGGACUCUUUUACGGUGCAGCAGUGUUUAUGUAUAUGGUACCUAGUUCAUAUCACAGCCCAUACCAGGACAACAUGGUCUCCCUUUUCUACAGUCUCAUCACCCCUACUCUCAACCCCCUCAUCUACAGUCUGAGGAACCGAGAGGUGCGGAUUGCUUUCCUAAAAUUGCUUAACAAAUUUAGAAACAGACAAAAUUGAUAACUAUAUGAGAAUUUCAGUAGUGCUUCAUCCAUGAUUUCUAAAUUUUUCUACCUGUGGUACAACUGCAAUGGACUUAUUAUCAAAACUAAUUGUCAUGUUCCUCAGUCCUAUAAAUAAGUUCCUGUUUCCUCUACAGUUCUAUGGAAAAAAUAAUAGUGUCAAUCACAUUUCCUUGAUCAUCUCUCUGGUAAAGAAGUGUUUUCAUAGAUAAAAUGCCUCAUUUUGUAAAGUUCAUGUCUUUCAGUUUUUUAAUUGAUAAUCUGAGCACUAAAACUUAAUAUGCAUUGACUAGUGGUUCUACUAAGUAUUUAGUUUGUGUUUAUGACAGCUUUGAGAUUUAAGAACUAUUACAAUUUAGAUUUAAGAAAAAAAGAGACACAAAUGUAUAAAGUAAUUCCCCAGAGGUAACAAAGGAAAAAAUGACAUAGUUACAGCUUGAAGUUGUAAUGCUUAAGAAAAAGGGAAGCCCACAGUCACUACAAUGAUUGAUGGGCUGACACAGAAAACUGGUCAGUAUAACAAAUAAACAUGUUUAUGUGAGUGUUCACGUGUACAGAGAAACAUAAUGUUUGUUGGAUAUUUUGAUUUGUCAAUGUUGUCUAUCCAUCAGACUUUUAAAAUAAAUUUGUAUUGAAAUUAAAAACAAUCUUAUUUUACAUACCAAUCCCAGUUCCCUCUCCCUCCAGUCCUCCAUGCCCUGCAGCAAUUCCCCAUCCUAAACCAAUCCCCUUCCCAGGAAGGGUGAGGAAUUGAUGGGGGAUCAUCAAACUCUGUCACAAGGGGUCCUGUCCCUUGUGUCUAACUAAAAGAGUACUCCUCCAUAGGGAUUGGGCUCCAAAGUCGAUUAGUGCACUAGAGGCCCAAUAGACUGCCAAUUCCUCCCACAGACACACAUGUUCAGGGGGCCUGGUUCAGACAUAUGCUGGUCCCCUAUCUUUCAAACUGGUUUCCUUGACUUGCUCAGGACCACUGUUUCUGAGAGUUCCCCAGCAUGGUCUUGAACCACUUGCUCAUCACUCCAUCCUCUCUAGAACUGGAUUCAAGGAGUUGGGCUCAGUGUUUAGCUGUGAAUCUCUGCUUCUGCUUUUAUAAUCUACAGGGUGAAGGCUCUGUGAUGGCAUUUAAGGUAG